AUGGCCGGGGCCGGGGUGGCGAUCGCGGCCGGGGAGGCGGCCAGGCCGGGCGGCCCGGGGGGCCCGGGGCCCCGAAGGGCCCUGGCGGGGCGGCGGAAGGAGGCGGAGCCAGGGCCCGAGGGCAGCGAGGAGGCGCGGGGCGCAGGGCGCCUGGCACGGCUCCGAGGACAGCUGCGGGCACAGGCGGCGGGGCCUGGGGGCGCGAAGCUAGGCAGCGGAGACGAGGCGGCGGAGCGCACGGGCCCCGUGCCCCCCGGGCCUCCCACCCCGGGAUCCGCGAGCUCCGUGUGCUCUGUGUGUGGAGAGCCCCGCGGCGGCGCCACCUACCCGGCCGGCGUGCUCGAGGUGAGCGAGCGGCGGCUGCAGGCCGGCCUGGCGGGGCUCCGAGCCGAGCUCAGCGCCGGCCUCGACGCCCUCCGUGCUGAACUAGCAGCGGAGCUGGCCGCGCUGCGCCAGGCCCUGGGCCGUGCGCCCCCGCAACCCCCUCAGGACGCGGCCCCCGCCCGCCGCCGGGCCCCCGGGCCCGCCCCCGCCCGCGGCCAGGCGCUGCUGCGAGCUCUUGGCACAGUCAACGCGCUCUCCGCCGCCGCCGCUACCGCCUCCACCCGAGCGGGCGCCGAGCCCCCACCAGGGCCCCGCAAGGACCCCCCAGCCCCGGCCCCUGCCCGCGGCCAGGCACUGCUGCGCGCCAUCAGCACCGUGAAUGCACUCUCCGCCGCCGCUCCCCCCAAGGCAGGCGCUGAGCCCCCCGCGGCGCCCCGUAAGGACCCCCCAGCCCCGGGCCCCGCACCCGGCCGCGGCCAGGCGCUGCUGCGCGCCAUCGGCACCGUGAAUGCGCUCUCCGCCGCCGCCGCCGCCCCCAAGGCAGGAGCUGAACCCCCCGCGGCGCCCCCACCGUGA